AUUUAUCACUUUCUUUAAUUAAAUCCCAUACUUUACUCUAAAUACUAACUAUACCCUCUGUUAAAUUAAACUCCUAUAUUUUCUUUCAUUUCCUUUCUCUUCUAUUCAUAUCAGUACCAAGUUUCAACACACUCUGGAAAUUUAAGUAAGCCGCCGUAGCUGCUGCUGCCGCUUCUGCUUCUGGCUGAUCCUCAUCGUUCUCAUCCUCCUCCUUCUGAUCGGUAUCGCCGGCGUCGUCGUUUAUGUACUCUACCGUCCCCACCGCCCUGACUUCACCGUCACGUCCCUCACACUUUCGUACCUCAACCUCACCGCUUCUUCCACACUCAGCUCGAAAUUCGCGAUCAGCGUAACCGCUACAAACCCUAACAAACACAUCUCAUUCUCCUACGAUCCUACCUCCGUCUCGAUCCUCUCCGGUGACAUCGACGUCGGCGACGGCACUGUCCCCGCCUUCGACCACGGCAAGAAGAACACGACGGUGCUGAAGACAACGAUUUCGAGUUCCGGCCAGGCGCUGCAGAGCGACGAUGCGGCGAAGUUGAAGAGCAGCAUGAAGAGUAAGAGCGGGUUGCCGUUGCAGGUGAAGCUGGAGACGAAGGUGAAGGCUGCGAUGGGGAAUUUGAAGACACCGAAGGUCAGAAUCAGGGUUUCUUGUGAAGGUAUCAAGGCCACACUUCCCUCCGGGAAGAAACCGGCGACGGCGUCCACCUCGAACGCCAAGUGCAACGUCGAUGUCAGAUUCAAGAUCUGGAAAUGGACCGUUGGAUGAACAAUAUUAUCGCCAUCUUUAGAACAAAAAAAUUCCAGAGAGGUUUGUUUUUUUUUUUAAUAUAUAUUUUAGCUUAUGUUAAUGGUGGACUUUAUUUUAUUCUAUUUGAUAUAUUAUUUUUGCUGAAUUUGUUUAUAUUCAUAAUAACUGGUUGUAAAUGGAAGAAAGAUUUGAUGAUGAGGUUUUUUAUUUUUA